GCCGCCGGGACGGACACGGGCGCGCGGGCUCGGGCGGGCGCCGGCUGCCUCCCUCCCUGCAUCGCUCGCUCGCUCUCCGGCCCGACUGCUCGCCGGCCGGGGGCCGAGCUCGCUCCAGCGCUCUCAGGAAGGAAGAAGUCGGGGCGGCGGGGGGCCGAGGACGCCGACAAGUUCCAGCAGCAGCCGCGGAUCCCGGCCGAGGCGGAGGCUGCGGUUCCGACGGGACAGGAGCGCGCUCCGCGGCAGAGCGCACGGCCAGAGCGUCUGAGGAGCGGGGGGCGCCCGGGCCUUUCGCUAUCCGUGGGGCCGCGGCGGGGAUCCCAUGAGACGCGCCCGCCAGGGGCAGGAGAUCCAAAGCCCGGGCGGCGCGCGGCGGAGGCGGAGGGCGGUGCUGCAGCUCCGGAGGCCGGGAGCGGCCGGCAGGAGGCAGCGGAGAGAACUUGAACUUGGCGUCGGGAGCGGGCGCCCCGGACGCCCCUCGCCGGGGCCGGGGCCGGGGCCGGGGCCGGGGCGCCGAGGGACCUGGGCGGCAUCGCUGCCCCCCGAAUGGCCGCGGCGGCGGACCCGGCUCCCGCGCCGCGGCCCUAGGCGGCCUCUCGCCAUGGCCAAGUGGCUGAACAAGUACUUCAGCUUGGGCAACAGCAAGACCAAGAGUCCCCCGCAACCGCCGCGGCCCGACUACCGCGAGCAGCGGCGCCGAGGCGAGCGGCCCUCGCAGCCCCCCCAGGCCGUGCCGCAGGCCCCCGCGGCUGCCUCCGCGUCCUGCGGUACCGCUGCCGCCUCCUGCUUCUCGGCCUCGUCGGGAUCGCUGCCCGACGACAGCGGCAGCACGAGCGACCUCAUCCGCGCCUACCGCGCACAGAAGGAGCGCGACUUUGAGGACCCCUACAACGGGCCCGGCUCGUCGCUGCGCAAACUGCGCGCCAUGUGCCGCCUGGACUACUGCGGCGGCGGGGAGCCGGGUGGGAGCCAGCGCGCCUUUUCCGCCUCGUCCGCGUCGGGCGCCGCGGGCUGCUGCUGCGCCUCCUCCGGCGCGGGCGCCGCCGCGUCCUCGUCCUCGUCCUCUGGCUCCCCGCACCUCUACCGCAGCAGCAGCGAGCGGCGGCCUGCCACCCCGGCCGAAGUGCGCUACAUCUCCCCGAAGCAUCGCCUCAUUAAGGUGGAGAGUGCCGCGGGCUGUGCCGGCGACCCCCCAGGGGCCGCCUGCUCCGGCGGCCGGACCUGGAGCCCGACGGCCUGCGGCGGCAAGAAACUACUCAACAAGUGUGGCGCCUCGGCCGCGGAGGAGAGCGGUGCCGGCAAGAAGGACAAGGUGACCAUCGCUGAUGACUACUCGGAUCCCUUUGAUGCCAAGAAUGAUCUCAAAAGCAAAGCAGGAAAGGGAGAGAGCGCAGGCUACAUGGAGCCCUAUGAGGCCCAGAGGAUCAUGACUGAGUUCCAGAGGCAGGAAAGCGUCCGGUCGCAGCACAAAGGUGUCCAGUUGUACGACACCCCUUAUGAGCCGGAAGGCCAGAGCGUGGACUCGGACCCGGAGAGCACGGUCAGCCCCCGACUCCGGGAGAGCAAGCUGCCCCAGGACGACGACAGGCCCGCCGACGAGUACGACCAGCCGUGGGAGUGGAACCGGGUCACUAUCCCAGCUCUGGCAGCCCAGUUUAAUGGCAGUGAGAAGCGGCAGUCAUCCCCCUCGCCUUCCCGGGACCGGCGGCGCCAGCUUCGAGCUCCCGGAGGCGGCUUCAAGCCCAUCAAACAUGGGAGCCCUGAGUUCUGUGGGAUCCUGGGAGAGAGAGUGGAUCCCGCUGUGCCACUGGAGAAGCAAAUAUGGUAUCACGGGGCCAUCAGCAGGGGCGACGCUGAGAACCUGCUGCGCCUCUGCAAGGAGUGCAGCUACCUCGUCCGGAACAGCCAGACCAGCAGGCACGAGUACUCCCUGUCCCUGAAGAGCAACCAGGGCUUCAUGCACAUGAAACUGGCCAAAACCAAAGAGAAAUACGUCCUGGGCCAGAACAGCCCCCCGUUCGACAGUGUCCCGGAGGUCAUCCACUACUACACCACCAGGAAGCUGCCCAUCAAAGGCGCCGAGCACCUGUCCCUGCUGUAUCCCGUGGCGGUGCGGACCCUGUGAGCCCCGCGCCGCCCCGCCGGGCCCGGGCGGGGAGGAGCCGGCGCCCCGCCGCCGCCGCCGCCGCCGGCGUGUCCAGUUCGUGUCGUGUGUAUGGUACUAGCACACCACUGCAUGUCUUAGAAUGCUGUCGCCCCUCGCGGGGGGCUGGAGAAGGCCUGGAGAGAGACUGAAGGACAGCCAGCGUGCCGCCCCAGCCCCCACCCCCACCCCCUCCUCGAGUUUCUGUGAAUUAAAAUAUUUGCAAAUCCAAAGAGAUGCCUUCCAGGAUGAACAAAGGAGAGCAGCUCCGAGGGGCGGGGGCGGCAGCUCCCGGGUCGCGGCGCUUUGUUCUCCAGCCGUCAGGAAUUCACACCUGUGUCCCGGGCGCAGUGUUUCCCACUGGGGCCCCCCCUGGCGCUGGGAGCCAAGUGCUGGUGUUUUGAGAGCCCAGAAGGCCCCGGAGUCCCACCUCCCUUCUGGUGUGUGUGUGUGUGUGUGUGUGUGUGUGUGCGCGCGUGCGCGCACGUGAGCACAUUGGUGGGAGAACACGACCACACACAGAUGUAAGCCCACUAAAAUCACUUCCAGUCACUCAGUGUAAUCACUAGGAGAUCUCAGAGGGGUCGUUGUGCAGUCAAAAAAGGAUUCAAUUAUUUAUGAAUAGGGUGUGUAAAUAAAAUAGUCGUUUAAUAUAUAUU